GAGAAUAGUAAACGGAGCUUCUUGAUGCUGACCUUUGCUAGGCUCCUCAGCAGCCGCUAAAGUCUGCCACAUGGGAUGGUAGGCCCCAACCUAACAUAACCUAAAGGAGACGCCUUGACCGUGAGUCCUCUGCGUGUAGAAAAAUAUGGUGAAUCUCGAUACUGAAUUCCAGAGCUUGUUACAGGAAGGCGAUACCCUCAUUGCUGCUCUGCGCGGCAGUACACGUAGCAGCAGCGGAACUGCGACCGCCGGGUACUCACUUUAUGAUACAUUUCCCAUCGGGUUUGGUUUAGCCACACUCUUCGUCUUCUGCUAGCCAGACGACAUUUCCCUUCGGGCGGCCAACGUACCUUGUCAUCACUCAUGUCUCUCGAUCAAGAACAUCAAGUCGAUCAUGAUAUCUUGAAAUACUAAAAAAGCGAUUUGUUUCUUCCUUCAAUCUAAAUCUACCCCGAAACAAAUUUUUACAGAGUAGUCUGCGACAAAGUACAAACGACGCUACGAUCACUUGCUGAAACAGGCGAUGCAGUUGCUUUGGAUCUAGAUACGCAACAAGAGAAGCUGGCUCGUGUCCACAACUUGCUAGAAUAUCUGGAGACUGCUGUGGAUGAUGAAGGUAGGUGGCUUUCUUAUGUUCAUUUCUCAGAUUCUUGUCCAAGUUGUCUUUACCAAAAGAUUCCACACAUCGACAGGAGAUCGUCAUCGACAGGAGAUCGUCAUUUAUACCCCAUAAUUUUUAUCGUCAUUUUACCUUUUCCGCUAGGUCCCCUGCCGUCUCCGCCAAAGCCAGCGCCGAGUCCGAGCCCACUCCGGCAUCAAACUGGACCAAGAACUGCAGCAUCUGUUCUCUCACCAGCAUCAACACGAACGACCACCAGGCCGAAUAGUAGGAAGAAUACGAUUGCUGGAGGCACCAGAGCGAUUCCUCCAGCCGGCAAUUCAGCAGGCAUCCGACAUCUGGAGCACGAGAAAAAUGCCAUUCCUGCUUACGAAAGGCUGUAUCGUACAACUCUAAAGGGCCACCAAUACGGAGAUGGUGGCAACUCAACAGGAAGCUUUCGAUUCGGCGGGAGUAGCAGCUCGACGGCGCCUUUCGCUUCUACAGCAGCAAAUGGCACAAGUACAUCAGCAGGAACUACAGGCAUACGGAGUGCAGUGGACACGAUAGAUCAAGUUGACGGAAAGUUGUACAACAAAGCCAACUUUUACGGAGGUUCUUCACCUCCCGGUGGCGGUAUUCUUGGAAAGAGAAGUAGGACGCUUUCGACAUCUACUACUGGUCAACAUCCAGGAGGUGUUCGUAGUGGAGUCACUUCGGCUUCUGGUUCUGCAAAUGACGCUUAUCAUGACAACGAAGACCAGCACUCGAGGAUGGCCGCAAUGGGAUCGAAUUCAGCCUAUUUGUUCAUGCGCGAACCUUCUCGUGGACCAGGUGGAGGCCGUACUCGAAGUCGGAUAUCUUCUGCUUCGAGAGGAAAUAGUAGGAGUGUAUCGCCACGGUUCCAUAGCGGAGUCUCUCCAGGAGGAGGGUCGACUUUGAAAAGUGCUGGCACUAUGAAUAAGCAACUACAGGAAGAACAGCAACGAGACGGAGGAGGUGGUUCACGCGCAGUUCGUGUAGCAGGGUUUUCAAGUCGUCCCCGCGGGGGUAGUUCGACGGCGCGAGACUCCUCACCAGGUGGAGGGUCUUCUAGGAGGCCUGUGAGUUCAUACGAGAUCGGCUGGGAUGGACCACUUCCUGGGGACGAACGAGGACGCGUGAAACAACUAGAAAAAGUCCGCUCACAGCUCGUCUCAGCGGAGUCGGAGGUGACGAGGUUGAAACGAGAAAACACAGAUCUGCAGACGAAAUAUUCGAAUAUGGAAGUGAAGUUUAAGCACGCUGAUCGAAAUUACAAGGAGUGCGCACAACGAGGAUUCGACAUGCAAAGUACCCACUAGUAGGCUUCGCUUUUUACAACUUGAAUCUACUUAUAAUAUAUCAUUUUAAGUCUAGUCUGUGUCUGGCCUUUCUUUUUUCGGUUUUUGUUUUUUCUAGUUAGGCCUGCUCCGCCAACUUAAUUAUAGUCCGUGGUAGUGUGAAUGUGAAAAAUCGAGUGCAAGUUUGUGCUAGUACGUUCAUCUUCAUCUUACUGCGUCGUUAUUCCUCUCCAUCCUUCACGCUCACCACCUGCAAAGGAGUAUGUAUCUAUUCUGACUACAUUAUUUGAUGUAGUCAGAAUAGAUACAUACUCCUUUGCAGGUGGUGAGCGUGAAGGAAAUAUCUCAAUCUCUACACGCACGCGUCCACAACACCAGCUGCCAAGCAGUAUUACGACACCGAGUUGGAGGAUUUGGCGAAUUUGAUAGACCUCCUCGUGGACGACCAACACCAACUGAAAGACGAACUGGGCACGCAUACCAGAAGAAUGCAAGAACAGUUAAUGCAAAAACUAAGUUCGCCUAGUACAAGAACUACAAGGAGAAUUAUCCAUUAUUUUCUGUGAAGUUACAUACAUGUCGAGAAGAUCAACAAUAAAAAACUAAUGGUUGUUCCUUUCUUCCUCAGUAUUUCUAUCUUGUUCAGGACCACGACCACUAUUUGUAUUUCAAUCUCAAUGUCGCACCACCGUCAAGCAUUUAAAUCCAUAAUUAAGUUACUUGCCACUUAAUAUAGAGUUGUGACACGUUGGUGCAGAUGAAGGUGCUCGAUUUGAAGAUGAGCACCAUCUCGUCUUCUAAGGCCCUACGACGAAUUAGUUCGCGGCGUUGGUCGGAGUCUGCGGUAUAGUGUAGGCUAUCGGGAUGCCUGCGUUGCCGUAGCGACGCGUACCAUGAAUCGACGGACUAAGCAAAGCUUCUUCUGGCUUUGGUAUAUGGCGACCGUGGGAAUACUCUACAUGGGAGGAGGAAGAUCGUAGAGAGUUCGUACUCGUAGGUGCGAUAAAAAAAGAAAGUAGUACAACAUCUAGGAAACAGAGAACAUGCGUUUGAUAUCAUCGACUUAAACUUGUAAAACAGACAAAGACUUAAAAUUCCAUUGAACAUCAAUUCCGAGGAAACCGAAAAGGCAACCUAUGAAGUACUGUUGUUUCAGAACGAGAUAUUUUCAUCAAGGAUAUUAUAUCUGGCCUACUUUACCUAACACGAACGCCAAGGAACUGCUUACGCUGACACUGACUUAAGUAGUUUAUUCACAAGAAACGCGCUGUAACAAACAGUCCGUCGAUGUUACCAAUCAGUCACCAGCACCAGGGGUGUCCAAGCAUGUCAGCCGAAGAAU